AGCGUCCGCUGCAACGGUUGGGGCUGCGCGUGAGAAGGUGGCGGUCUAGGCUCCCGGGCUGGGUGGAGGCCGGCGACGGCCGGGGCAUGGCGGGAGACGGUCUCCGUUGGGCUCCCUGAGGUGCGCUCCCUGAAGUCCUGGGGAGCCGUGGUCCAUGGGCUCGCUGAGCAGCCGAGUGCUGCGCCACCCUGGACGAGCCCGAGCCCAGGAGGAGCCGGGUUCUGGGGCGGGGGGCUCGACUCGCAGGCCGGAGGCUGGCGGCGAUGCGGCCGGCCACGGCUUCUGUUACUGCCCGGGCAGCCGCAAGCGCAAGCGGAGCAGCGGGGCCUUCUGCUACUGUCACCCCGACUCCGAGACAGACGAGGAUGAGGAGGAAGGGGACGAGCAGCAGCGGCUCCUCAACACCCCGCGCAGGAAAAAAUUAAAGAGUACAUCCAAGUACAUUUAUCAGACAUUAUUUUUGAAUGGUGAAAAUAGUGACAUUAAGAUUUGUGCUCUAGGAGAAGAGUGGAACUUACACAAAAUAUAUUUAUGUCAAUCUGGCUACUUUUCUAGUAUGUUCAGUGGUUCUUGGAAAGAAUCCAGCAUGAAUAUUAUUGAACUGGAGAUUCCGGACCAGAAUAUUGAUAUAGAAGCACUGCAGGUUGCCUUUGGGUCGCUAUAUAGAGAUGAUGUCUUAAUAAAGCCCAGUCGAGUUAUUGCCAUUUUGGCAGCAGCUUGUAUGUUGCAGUUGGAUGGUUUAAUACAGCAGUGUGGUGAGACAAUGAAGGAAACAAUUAAUGUGAAAACUGUAUGUGGCUAUUACACAUCAGCAGGGACCUAUGGAUUAGAUUCUGUAAAGAAAAAGUGCCUUGAAUGGCUUCUCAACAAUUUGAUGACUCACCAGAAUGUUGAACUUUUUAAGGAACUCAGUAUAAAUGUCAUGAAACAGCUCAUUGGUUCAUCUAACUUAUUUGUGAUGCAAGUGGAGAUGGAUGUGUACACAGCUCUUAAAAAGUGGAUGUUCCUUCAACUUGUGCCUUCAUGGAAUGGAUCUUUAAAACAACUUUUGACUGAAACAGAUGUCUGGUUUUCUAAGAGGAGAAAAGAUUUUGAAGGUAUGACCUUCCUUGAAACUGAACAAGGAAAACCAUUUGUGUCAGUAUUCAGACACUUAAGGUUACAGUAUAUUAUCAGUGAUUUGGCCUCUGCAAGAAUUAUUGAACAAGAUUCUCUAGUACCUUCAGAAUGGCUGUCUUCAGUGUACAAACAGCAGUGGCUUGCUAUGCUCCGGGCAGAACAAGACAGUGAGGUGGGGCCUCAAGAAAUCAAUAAAGAAGAACUAGAGGGAAAUAGCAUGAGGUGUGGUAGAAAGCUUGCCAAAGAUGGGGAAUACUGCUGGCGGUGGACAGGUUUUAACUUCGGCUUUGACCUGCUUGUAACUUACACCAAUCGAUAUAUCAUUUUCAAACGCAAUACGCUGAAUCAGCCGUGUAGUGGAUCUGUCAGUUUACAGCCUCGAAGGAGCAUAGCAUUUAGAUUACGUUUGGCCUCUUUUGAUAGUAGUGGAAAAUUAAUAUGUAGUAGAACAACUGGCUAUCAAAUACUUACACUUGAAAAAGAUCAGGAACAAGUAGUGAUGAACUUGGACAGCAGACUUCUGAUCUUCCCUUUAUACAUCUGCUGCAACUUCUUGUAUAUAUCGCCAGAAAAAAGAACUGAAAAUAAUCGUCAUCCAGAAAAUGCAGAAAACUGAGGAUCUCAUCAGUUAGAAACAGUAGCACUUUGAAAACUUUUUCGGCCAGCUUUAAUUUAAUGGCCCCACUGAUAUUCACAUCUAAGGUGACUAACAAUGACAAAGGCCUUAUGAACUGUACAGAUAAUACAGAAGACUAUUCUUAUGCUCAUUACAUUUCUAUGCAUACAUGAAAAAAACAUUUUAAAGCCAAGAAAAUAUCUGUUGAACCAUUUGUUAACAAAGAUGUUGACUCAUGCUUUUAAUUUUUAAGCAUCAGUAGAAAAUUGCUGUAGGUAAAUUUCACAUUGCAGCCUAAUAUAGGGUUAAUUUUUAGUUUAAACUUUGAUUCUGCCUAAUGUUAGUGAAUGUCAGUUACCUAUCUGUAAAUUUAUUUUUAUUUGGCUAAAAGAACGCUUAAGGAACAAUUAAAUGGCAAAUUAUAAAUCCUCUUUCAGUUGGUGCAUUCAAAGCUGUCCUUUAAUUUUUUCAAAUGCUCUUUAUGAUUCCUCCUCAUAUUCUGAUAUCCCUCCAAGCUGUACUUGUUUUUAAUCAUUAAAUACUUUUUUGUGGUUUUGGA